AUGGAGACUGAUGAUGGUGAGAUGAAGUCAAAGAUGGAGGAUUAUGAAGUCAUAGAGCAGAUUGGGAGAGGGGCAUUUGGAGCUGCUUUUCUUGUUCUUCAUAAGACUCAGAAAAAGAAGUAUGUAUUGAAAAAGAUUCGUUUGGCUAAGCAAACAGAGAAGUUCAAACGCACAGCUCACCAAGAGAUGAAUUUAAUUGCAAAGCUAAACAAUCCAUAUAUCGUGGAUUAUAAAGAUGCUUGGGUUGACAAGGGAGACUGCGUAUGCAUUGUUACAGGCUAUUGCGAAGGAGGUGACAUAGCUGAGAUGGUAAAGAAGGCCAGAGGACAAUUUUUUCCAGAGGAGAAGCUCUGCAAAUGGCUGACUCAAUUGUUGCUAGCUGUGGACUACUUGCACUCCAAUCGUGUACUUCACAGGGAUCUUAAGUGCUCCAACAUAUUCCUUACAAAGGACAAUGACAUCAGACUUGGUGACUUUGGACUCGCAAAACUACUCAACACAGAAGAUCUCACUUCUUCGGUUGUUGGAACUCCAAACUACAUGUGUCCUGAGCUCCUUGCAGAUAUACCUUAUGGCUAUAAAUCCGAUAUAUGGUCGCUUGGUUGCUGUAUGUUUGAGAUUGCUGCACAUCAGCCUGCAUUUAGAGCUCCUGACAUGGCUGGGCUUAUCAAUAAAAUUAACAGAUCCACCAUUUCUCCUCUACCAAUCGUGUAUUCUUCCACACUGAAACAAAUCAUAAAGAGCAUGCUGAGGAAGAGUCCAGAACACAGACCAACAGCUGCAGAGUUAUUAAGGCAUCCGCACUUACAACCAUACCUUCUUCAAUGUCGCAAUGCAUCAUCUGUUUUUCUUCCAGUAAAGCCAGUAAACAACUUGAAAGAUAAAACUACUAGAAAAUCACCUCCUAGCAAACCCAGUGGUGGCAAAGACAACAGAGACAAAGAGGCUGGAACACUGAACCACCUGGAAAAGGUCCAUCCAUUUGAGAGCGGUGCUGAUGUGACGCAUAGGUAUAUAACAAACAUUGAUAACCCUGUAUUCAAAGUUAGUGCAGAAGAGCUUGAAAUGAAGAGGGUUGGCUGUUCUAUGGAAUUAUCCAAUGCCACUGAUGCUUCAAAAGAUGGACCAACUGAUUCAGAAGCAUCUGUUUGCAAUGGAGAUAAGCAAGCUGACAUUAUCAGCAUACACCAAAAGGAAAAUACCGAGUCUGACAUUGAAAUUACAUCAGAGAGCACACCAAAUUCUCAAAAUGAAGAACGAGAAGAACCUGCUGCUACAAAUUUCAAACAGUUGCCAGAGGUUGAUGUCAAGACUCCAAACAAUGAAGAUGGAAAGGCAUGUAGAGACCAGCAAGUUCCUGAAGGAGCUAGAACAGAAGGAGAGGGUGCUAAAGAAGAGAAUUGUAGGGAAUUGGUGGUGCCCAGUGUAGGCUGUGCCAACAAAGUUGGAUCCCCUGAGGAUAAAUGCUCGUCAUCAGCUAAAUCUGAGGUGGAACCCGGAAGCUGUUUACUGAAGGAAAGUUCCAAUGGAUAUCCUGUAGGUGGUCACCUGGACUACUUGUCAUCUGAAAGCAAAAAUGAUUGCUCCAUACAGAAAGAAAAAGAUGAAGUGGGAGCAAAGGCAGACAAUAAUAAUUGCUCCACGCAGACAGAAAAAGAUGAUGCUCAUGUGGUUAAUCAGGCACCAAGUGACAUCUCCUUGAGCACACUAACUGCAAUAGGUGGUGAUGAUUCCAAGAGUGACUGGGAAAAUCCAAGUCAGCAAAGAGCUGACGCCCUGGAGUCUCUGUUAGAGGUAUGCGCUCGGCUAUUAAAGCAGGACAAACUUGAAGAGCUUGCUGGGGUGCUAAGACCAUUCGGAGAAGACGCUGUCUCGUCUAGAGAAACAGCCAUCUGGUUGACAAAGAGUCUCAUGUCUGCACAAAAAUCUAAUGGAGGAUCCUAA